CGCAUCCCCUAUCCCACCCUAUUCGACCUGCGGAAAGACAAAGCGCGUUAUCUCUGGGGAGGGAGAAGGUACCGUACUUGCGGUCAGGGAACACAUCUCUAAUAAGAAACGCGCUUCCCUUAUCCAGCGCAGACGGACGACGAAUGGUGAUGGCCGUUUUAAUAAUCGCCGUAAGACCAACUAUGUAUAUGUGGAAUUUAUGAUACCACCAGAACUCUGGCCAGUGGGGUUUGUUACGCGAGCGCAGAAAAAUAUUCCACUGGAGAGAAAAAAUGGAUCCUUCUCCCAGCAAGCAACUGCUUGGCUCCAAGAAAAGAGUCAAGAUCCAUCCGAACACAGUCACGGUGAAGUAUGCCACUCACUUUCCACAGCCAGGCGACGAGGGCUAUGACGAUGCCCCCUCCUUUGAGGAUUUUGGCACUUUCCUUGAAGAGACCUCAGACAAGAAGCGCCUCACUGACAGCAAGCAGAGCAGGACUUUCUUUGGCACGAUAGGUGGCAGCAGCGGCAGCAGCAGCAGCAGCAGCUCCAAGCCUGCCGCCGAGCCAAAGGACAAGGGGGUCGGGGGCCAGCUGGCCAGUUUUGGGGAGGCCUCUGUGCUGGCCUCUCGUACGACUUGGGCGGUGCUGUUUGGCGCCGCCCUGGCCCACGGCUGCGUGGCCCUUAUCACUCGACUGGCGGCCGACCGCUCCAGAGUGCCCUCUCUAGAACUCCUCUUCAUCCGCUCCGUCAUCCAGGUGCUGUCCCUCGGCGUGGUCUUGUACCACCAGGAGGCGCCCUUCGGCCCCGAGGGCUACCGGCUGCGACUGUUCUUCUACGGCGUUUGCAAUGUCAUCUCCAUCACCUGCGCGUACACUUCCUUCGCCAUCGUGCCACCCAGCAACGGCACCAUCAUGUGGCGCGCCACCACCACCGUGUUCAGUGCCCUGCUGGCCUUCCUGCUGAUCGACGAGCGGCUGGGCAUGAUGGACGUGUUCACCGUGCUGACCAGCGUGUUCGGCCUGUGCCUGGUCAUGAUCCCCAACAUCAUGGGCGAGCACAUGUCCCUGGGCUUUUGGAAGGAGGCGUUCGGCUACACCAUGACCGUGAUGGCAGGCCUCACCGCCGCCCUGUCCAUGAUCAUCUACCGCGCCAUCAAGGAGCGCGUGAGCAUGUGGACGGCGCUCUUCACGUUCGGCUGGACUGGCACCGUGUGGGGGGCCUCCACCAUGUUUGUGCUGCAGGAGCCCAUCAUCCCCCUGGACGGGGAGACGUGGGGCUACCUGGUGGGCAUCUGCGUCUGCUCCACGGUGGCGUUCCUCGGGGUGUACUACGCCCUCAACAAGUUCCACCCGGCGCUCGUCAGCACCGUGCAGCACCUGGAGAUCGUGGUUGCCAUGGUCCUGCAGCUGAUCGUGCUGCACAUGGUUCCGUCCGUUUAUGAUGUCAUAGGGGGGCUCAUCAUCAUCAUCAGUGUGGUGGUGCUCACGGGGGUCAAGUUGUACUGGGUUGGGAAGACCAGGCGCCAGGAGUAUGAGGAGAUCCUUGACUCGCCUAUUAAAUGAGCACCC